AUGCGGGAAGACCUCAGUCGGAAUCCCGGUGCGUUGUCAUUCGUCGUGUGGCCUCGGGCGUGGGCGUGUGUGGCUUGUUUUUAUUUGGUGCCCAAACAGCUAGAGGAAGGCGAGGGACAACAGGUCGCAGCAGACCUCGUCGGGCCGGGUUGCAACACACCACACACGCAACUGCGCAUGUUGCGUCAUAUUGUGUACCUUUUGGCGAAGAAGCACCACCGCCGCCGCCCAACGCAGACGCCCACGUUCUGGGCUGCAGCAAGACGAGGAGAACGAGGAAGACAUAGAGGGAGAGGGAGAGAUAGGGAGGGGUAA